GUCAUCGCUUUUAAUGGCUUUACAGGACAUAUGCAAUUUUCAGUCUGUCUUUGAGGACAGUCUAACUACAGAAUAUCCUGCAGUGCCACAUGGAAAAAAGAUUGCUUCCAACUAUGUGAGUGGUUUGCCCUUUAGCAAUAACAAAAGUUUGUUUCAUUUUUAUAUUCCAGUGGCAGAGUACUUAGAUGAAAGUCCGAUACAGUUUGGGCAAAUCAGCACAGUCCAGAACUGCAGCGCCGAUUCAUCUGAAGACCCCUUCUUAACAUCCUCCACCUUGCCAACAUGCCUUCCGUUUGCCUCUUCACAGUCUGUGCCUCUGCCCUUUCCCAUGGCUCAUGGCACCACCACCUUGGCUUUCAUGUUCCAGGGUGGCGUGCUGGCUGCAGCAGACACUCGUUCCAGUUGCUCAGGCCUUGUCGCGUGCCCAGCCUCGCAGAAGAUCCUGCCCAUUCACAGUCACUUGGUGGGCCUGACCUCGGGCACUUCAGCCGACUGCGCGCUUUGGAAACGUAUUUUGGCUCGCGAGCUGCGGCUUUACCAACUUCGCCACGGUCGACGGUUGUCCACGAGCGGAGCUGCCAAAUUGCUUUCGCACAUGCUUCACCCUUUCAAAGGAACUGAGCUGUGUGUGGCUGCCACGUUGUGUGGGUGGGAUGGAGGAGAGGUGGACGAUGGAUGUGAUUACCAUGGAGGCACAGAGACCGGUCCUGGUAGUCAUGGAGAAACAACAAAGAAUCAAAUGACUGAGCAGAAAAACUUUGUAGAUAGCACCAAUGCAAAGGUUUCUCUGGCAAAGGAUGAACGCUUUUCUUUCUCUGAGCAGUGCUUCAUCAGAAAGAAAAUGAAUUUAUCUGGACCAAGCCUUUUUUAUGUAUGCAGUGAUGGUACGCGCCUACGGGGAAUGCUUUUCUCUGUGGGCUCAGGAUCCCCUUAUGCCUACUCAAUUCUGGACCAAGGUGUUCACUGGGGGCUGACAGUAGAUGAGGCCAAGUCAAUAGCUAGAGAAGCUGUGUACAGAGCUACAUAUAGGGAUGCAUAUUCCGGAAACUGUGUGGACAUGUAUCACAUCACGUCAAAAGGCUGGACACGCAGAAACCGGGAGGAUUUGAAAGAGGAAUAUUACCGAGAAAAGCAAAGGCGAAAGCAUGAGAAAACAGAGAGGCGGGAUGUGACUUUUUCUGACUAAAGACAUGAAACAAACAAAAAUGGCUUGGGAAGCGUAAGGCAAACAUUGGGGAGUAUUUUGGAGAGACGUGAUACGAUGGCAUCUUUGCAGCAGUUACUAAAUUAAUGAACAGGACAGGCAGUUGCAUCCUCCAGGCUAUUUCUCAAAUGAUUUGGGCAUGCAUAUCGUUCUCUCUAAUAAACACCUGAUGUUUUGUUUGUGCUGAUGAUAAAAUGUAUUCUAAGAGCACCCUGCUUGCUGGCAUUUUGAUUUAGAUGUUAAAGCAUUAUGAAUCAUUUCAAGAAUGUGAGAUAAUUACUACCUCCUCCUGCAUGCGGGUAAAUCGCAUAAACACAGAGAAGCAGAAAAUGAAUAGUCUAAAAAUCUAAACGGCUGGAGGCUGAAGGUCAUAAUGUAUUACUGUGUGUAAGGGAACACGUUUAGCCGCAGCAAUAAACGGUAAAGGGGCUGUAAACUGAUUUGUGCCUGCUGUCAGAAGACUUCUGAAGUUCCUCUGACACUUCAAUAAAUUAAUGAAUAAAAGGAAUUUUGCUGCCUGCUCAUUUUGUUUGAGCGCUGUGGUCAUAAAUAAAGCAUAACUGUAAUUACUCAACUGACAAUGACUCUAUAUUGCCAAGUAUAUUAGGGUAAAAGGUACAGAGCUGUCCAUCUUCAUCCUCAGUGUUCAGCUAUGUUCUCUAACUUCAGUGAAGUGCAUGAUGGGGGACAGUUUGCAGUGUAACAUCAGUGUUGUGGCACACUGAUUAUACUACAUGUCAAAAUGUUGUAAUGAAGUGUAUGACGUCCUGCUUCCAUAUAUUAAGUAUUGCAAUAUAUUGUAUAUGAGUGAGUUUUUUUAAUGACUAACAUAUGCAUAUGUGUGCAGCGAGCAUGUCUUAUGUGUUAUUAACGGCAUAAAAUAAAUUACAGCCUGGGAUGCGUGACUGCAGCAUCAGUGGGGAUGUGCACUAGUACUACUGUAUGAUUGACUGCAGCUGUGUGAGUAGAGGGGAAAGCCUCCCAUUCUCCCCGACCUCAUGCAUAAUUCCCAUCUUUGGAAGUUCAUUAAUGGCAGAAUUAUUGAGCGAGUGAAAACAAACAAACAAAAAAGGAGAAAGAAAGCAUUUGGUGGUCUAGAUUUGAAGUCUUGCAGGGAUCGACUCUUGGGAAAGUGAGUCGGCGUUAUUUUUAUAGCACCUUUAAAGAGCAUAUGUCACAGAGCGCUUCACAAUAAGAAAAGGUUAAAAAGCAAAAUAUGAGGCAGCCAGACAUUAAAUGCACACAGGCAGAUAAAAACACAAGGCGAAACAAGCCCGAACUUAAAUCUAAACAAAUUGCUUUCAGCUGCUCUUUAAAGGUGCCUGCAGAUCUGAAGUUUAAGCGCUAUCGCCUCAAAAGCACAGUCUCCUGUCAUAGUCCGAGAGCAGGCAGGACUCAAAUGCAGACUCAGAAGGCAGUUCGGAGAGUUUAUUAACAGUGAUGUGAAAAUGCUAUUUGCGGGGCCUUUCAAAAAAGGGAAACAUCCACAGUCUCUAUGUACAGUUUCCAAGUCGAUGGUCCGAUAGGUUCCACUCAGUCUUUAGAUUCGAUAAUGAAACAGACUUCUCUCUCCGACUCACACACACAAAUCCUCCUCGAGGAAAACAGGGAAGACUCCUGGACAGAAGAGAGAUGGUGAGAGGUGCACACAUGGAAACAGGUGAGCAGACGUACGGAAUGAA